AUGUUCACUUCCAUGCAAAACUCCCCGCGUCACGACGCUCCGCCAUCACAACCGGAACCCGAUAGCGACUCAACUCCCGUCGCGCAUACAGAGAGUUCCCGAAAGCGGCCCCGACCUAGCAAUGAUGUAUCUCCUACUGCAGCUUGCGAUCGAUGUCGGCUCCGAAAGGUCCGCUGCGAUCGUCGUCAACCCGAAUGUACGAACUGCCAGAAGGCUGGGGUAGAAUGCCAUACCUCUAAUACGGUUAAACGAGUGAACUAUACGAAACAAUUACGAGAUGAAUUCUCCGUCGUUCUAGAACAUCUCAAUCAUGUCGACGAGGCUCUCGGCACCCUGACCGAACUUACCCGCCAGAUCGCUGCGCGCCCGUGUUCCCAUUACAUACCCUCGAAUUCUACCUAUCUUCCCGGGUCUGAUUCCAUACCAAUACCGAGUUCCGGGCCUCUUGGCCCUAUCCAACCUAACACCCCGAGCGAGCUUCGCGCCUUGACCAAUCCCCUAGUCGUAAACGAGCUUUUGUCCGAAACUGUUCAGUUCGACCAAGGCGGCGAACGUCUAUACGGUUAUCCGGCACCAAUGGUCUUGAUAAAAUCAAUAUUGCACCAGGCAGCAAGCCCUCUACUUGAAUCUUGUAAACAUAAAGAUGGCCACAAUGCGGAGGCAUGUAUUACUCAUGUGCUUGAAAACCCAACUACAAGAGCUACAUUGCAACGAAAGCUAGAUGACUUCCCUUUUAAUUCGCAAUGCCGCGAAUCUGUCGUAGUUGGCGACACAAACCCUAUAACCACUCCUCCACGCCUGAUGGUAAAUCUUUUCGUGGACGGAUAUCUUCGGAAUAUUAAUACGAGGACGCCCGUUUUCGGCGAGGCCGAGCUUCAUCGCGCUAUAGAAGCUCAUUAUGGCGAUGAGCAACAACGGGAAAGCAGCGCAUGGGCCCUUAUCAUAAACAACAUUGUUCUCCUCGAACUCGGUCUAGAAAUUCAAGCCGCUCGCAUCUCGCAUUCCAACUCUCGUGGAAUGAACGAUGAUAUCUUGCCUUCGUUCUUGAAGAAUUGCGAUCGAGCAAUAAGAAAUCUUGAAGCUUUCACGACGCCCAGUUUAACCAAUGUUCAAGCGCUCAUGACUCUUACAUUAGUUGCUCGAGGGUUUUAUACCAAUGCGACAGCUGAGAGUGUAUGUAACGUUACCUGUCAAGUUGGCCGUGCUAUAGGACUUCAUCGAGCAAUACCUCACCGUCAAAGCGGGGAAGUCAACGCCUCCCAUGAUUCCAUAAAAGACCGCGAACGACUUUUUCGGGUUCUUUACGCUUUGGAUAAACAACGUGUCUUUAUGACAGGACAGCCAUGCGACCUGCAUAUGUUUGAUUCAGAUCAUCAGAUAGGCCCCGAUCAAAGCCAAGAACAGCUUGGCCACCCACUCAAUAACGCCUUCGAUCACUUGAUGAUGAUCUGGGAAGAGAUAUAUUUGAACCUCUAUACCUCAAGGGCCUCUGGCGCCGACGUAGAGACGCGCGCCCGUCAUAUGCAGCUUGUUACUAGUUCGCUAGGUGCAUUCGCCCAGAAGUAUGUCGGACUCAGGUCUGCAUUCUCUAUAAACGACAUAACAAAUAUCGACCCCCUACAGAUGGAAUUGGUAUAUGCAUAUUGUGUCUCACAAGUCCUUAUCCUCAGAUGCGAACGGGGCAACGAACAAACGCGGGAUAAAAUGCACGAGCUCGCGCGCUCAAGUCUUAAGCUACUGAUUAAGGUAUGCAAAGCGCCAUUAACUAUUGCUCGGUUAGCUUUAUUAGCAAGGAUAUUCCGCAAUUAUCCCAUGGCUGCCUUCGUCGAACUCGUCAACUUCUGCCUAGAAAAUCUCUUCAAGAACGGAGAAUACGACUCGACAGCUCAAGCUAACGUGUCGCUAUUACGUGCAGUAUGCGAUCAACUCCAAAUUCUGCAGCACGAUAAUCUACCACAUAUAUUCUACGCCCGCUUGAAACUAGGGCUUGAAUGGGCUGUCGACACUCUAGAGACUCUAGGGGAGGCCCUCGCUAGACCAUUGUCCCGACCUCAAACGUCAAUGGAACCUUCACAGCAAGAUAGAAACAGUCUCCAGACAACAGAAACACCACAAAAUCCCUCAAAUAUUCCCAGCCCUAUACUCCCUGAUAUAUCCUAUGCUUGUGCUUUUUGUACCAACAGAGAGGGACAAGGACUUUCAGACCCACCAUCGUCUCAUCGUAGCGGGGGGGAAUUUUCUCAAAACAGACCUGGAGAUGAGACAAAUUUCGGCUUUUUCACUGCCAGUACGGACCAUAUAUAUCUAACCUCACGAAAUAAUUUACCUACCCCAUGUCAGUCUGGCACACCAUCUUCUAACCCCCAACCCCAAGCGGAAUUAGGUUGUGCCCCGAUGACAAACAACUCCAAUUGGGGCGAUUUUAGCAUUGAUUUACAAACGUUCACAUAGAAUACCAUGCAUAAUUGAAGCGUUAAGAAGUCCAUACACACGGAGCAUAACAUUAAUGCGUAGAAAGCCAUCGCUUCUCACUUUUCAUCAUUCACACCUACGUCAAGCAUAAAGUCACAUAACGUAUGGCGACACCUAACACGUGGACUCGAUAGCCCGGAUCAAUUCGUGCGCUGUCUUAAUUUUUGGUUUGAUGGAGGAUAUAUUUGUACGUCAAUGCU